UUUUUACUAUACAACCGUUUGUCAAUUGGAAAUGUGCACCUGGUCGAAGUGGACGUUUAGAAAAACACCUACAAUCUACUUAUCAUAAAAUAGCUGUACAAAAUUUAUCAUUUAGGCAGCAAGAAGGAUCAGUAGCACAACAAUUAUUUAAUGUUAAUGAAUUAGAACGUCAAGAAAAUCGUCAUAGAUUUGGUGAUUUAUUAGAUGGUGCAUAUUUUUUAUUUAAACAUGAACUUCCACAUACAACAUUAUAUGCACCAUUACUGGAAUUAUUAUCAAAAAUUGAUCAUAGUAAAAAAUUAUCAACAUUUUUCGAUAAAUGUCAAAAGAAUGCCACCUAUGAUAGCACAACAACAGUAACAGAAUUAUUGCAAUCAACAAGUGAAGUAAUAGAUAAACGGAUUUUAACAAAAAUUCGUGAAUCAAGAAUUAUUUCAGUUAUGGCCCAUGAAGGCACAGAUAUAGAUCACUAUCAAAACUUAUCAAUUUGUAUACGUUAUUGUAAUCAAGAUACAGGUGAAUCAACAGAAUCAUAUAUUAGUUUAUUAAAAAUAAAAGAUAAAGAUGCACAAACAAUAUUUGAUACCAUUGUUAAAGAAUUAAAAUGA